AUGAGUGCACAGAGCACGAGCACGAGCACGACCUCCGGGAAUGCCCUCAUGGCAACAUCCAAACCCCUCAAGCUCAAGGCGAGCUGUGACUUUUGUUCGUUGACUAAGGUCAAAUGCGAUCAGAAACACCCGCAGUGUCUUCGGUGUAUCAAGAGUGGCGUGGUAUGUCACUACAGCGAGACUCGUCGAAUUGGAAAAGCACGGCAGCUGUAUGCUGCAUCCCACCGUCACGAUCACUCCAAAGAUCCUUCCUCACAAGGGGUCUGGCGCCAGCAAUCAUUAUCCUCAUCAUCCACUCCUCAACAGAAUCCAACAAUUCUGGCAGAGAUGGUACCCUCCCGUAGUCAAUCCAAGAAUCAAACCCUGCAUGACCAUUGUAGGUCAUCUGAGCAACCCAUGUCCUUGAACCUAUUCGACAACUUCUUCACCCAGACAGUGGUACCGAAUGAGAGUGCGGAGCCGAUGGAAGGGCGAGUCACUCAAGCGAUGACGAUCCCUCAUUCUACAGACCACGACAGGGAAGUAGGAAGGUUCCUCAGCCCCGAAUCCCCAAACGACCUACUGCAACCAUUGGACGACCCCAAGGAUAUGGCUAUGGACGACGUGGAAUAUAUACAAGAGAUGGGGCAAAAUGAUGACCAGGUAUGGCUGUCUGCACUGCCAGAUGGGCCCAUGUUCUCCUCCACAGGCCAUGCAGAGGACUGCAUGAAGCGGGUGUUUGUGAUACUCCAGAUGUUCCAUGUGGCCAGGGCAUCUUGUACGUGGUCGAGCCGCCCAGCUAGCAUCCCGGUUCGGACUUUGGACACGGCGCUCAAGAACAAUCGCGCGGCUAUGAACACCGUACGCGAGGUGCUCGACUGCCCCUGCGCCCGCAGCAUGAAAGUGGCCCUCUUUCUUGUUAUGAUCACACACCAAGUCAUGGAAUCGUACCGGGCUAUCCUCUCACAGCAGAGCAAUCCGUCGUCUCCACAGCAAUCGGUGCCGGACACCGAUAUCUUUUUGUGCGACAUUCCGCUCACCAUUGGUGGGUACUUAUUAGACAACGAGAUGCGCAGCAAGGUUAUUUUCCAAGUUAUCCGCUCCGAGAUAGACAAAAUGGGCGCACUUUUGACAACCUUUACACGAUACGCCGAGGGUAUGAGCAAGCAGCCCGACGAAGCAGUUUUGCGUACAUAUAUCCGAGGCUUGCAAGAGACGCGAGACGAUAUGUUUCAGUCACUGAAACAAUAG